AUGGUGAGAUUGGUAAGGCUUUUGCGAGGAGAUUGGGUGAAAACAGACUAUGGCAGGUGGAAAUUCCGAAGUGAUCCAACCGAUCUUGGGGUCGGAGCUGUCAUGAGUGAAACAGAGAGUUAUGAGUCAUUAAUGGGCAUCGUAAGGAGAAGGUACUUGCUCCCAACAACACCUUUGGCUUUGACGUACAGGUUGCCGGAUUGGAUCCACGAACCCUUUCGUAACAGUGGGCCACCGUUUGAUAUUUUAUCAUACUCUGACGUUGCUAUGUUCAUGUCAAUCCGCUUCUGCUUCAACGACUUUGCGAUAUGUGUAACAUUCGGAUCUGAGGCAGUAGCAACAUACCAGUUCCAGUGUAGAAAAGCCUUUAAUGUUGGAGCAAUAACUUACCUCACAGAAAAUCAAGACAGCAGUGGCCUUUCGGAUUAUUACGCGCUGAUAACAGGGAGAACCAUCCCCGCGGCACAAAGGGCUCUAGAGGAGAUAUUCACUGAAGAAGAGAUGCUCGCUAUUUACAGAGUCCACCUAGAGAUGCUUUACUCAAACCCUCUGCCCAAUCCGCUAGUGGAUACAGUCCACCAGUACUCUUCAGCUGGAAACGAGAUCAUCAUCCUGGAUAAUGAUGAAGAUGUCUAUAUGGGACCAGGCGAGGUUAAUGGUAACAUCAUCGAAGCAAACGCAGACGGUCCAUCGGAAAAUGGUGAGCUACAGUAUAUAGUAUCGAGGGCAGAAGCUAUGCAGGGAGAUGGAAUACUCCUAACACUGUGCAACUUCAACCAGGAAGCUUAUGAUUUCGGGGACGUCAGUAUGAACUUGCUUGACACGUGCAUUCAAACACCUGAGGCGCAAACAUACGGUGGCAUUGAUGAUGCUAUGCUUGACUGUGAUAGUAACAUGGCUGAUCCAAAUGUUUUUGACGAAAUUGUUGGGGUUACAGAAAUGAUACACAACGAAGGUAUUUCUAUGCCCGAUGGUCCACCAACUACUGUAGAGAUCAAUAACACGGUCCUUCUUUGCUCUGAUGAUAAUGAAAGUUACUCUUCAACCGGUUCUUCAAGCGAUAUAUGUGUAAUGGCUAAUUUUGAAUCAGAACACGAUUUAGCUCUUAUUGAGCCGACCGCUACACAAUCCCCAGUUAUUCAAGUGAGCGUGGCAGAGGAUAUCACACCACCACCGCCUGAAGUUACAACUCAAGAUAGCGGUCCAAGUGUUCUCGGGUCUGUCCCCAACUCUGUUCCAGUCUCAACCAAUCUAUUCCCCAGUGAAUCGGCUGGUCCUUCUCUUGGGUUGACCUUGGCAACCGGCCCAUCAGGCCCGUUUGGUGAAGAAGAUAAUAGUGGAACUUCCUCCGAGGAAAGCGAUAAUGCUGGUGGGUCUUAA